UUUAAACAGUACAGAAAUGCAAAUGUUUGUUUAUUAGUGAAACUAAAAUAGACUUGUUCUUUUGGUAGUUGUGACUGAGAAAAUGACAAAAAAGAAGCCAGUUUUUGGAGCUUUACCACUGUUUAAUAUGCCAGGUCGAGUCCAUGAUCAAGAGAACAUCCCCCCCAGACGCCCUUUGCAUCGAGUACAAGCUCCGGUUACCUGUCAGAAGUUUCACUCACUUGCAGAGGUUCAAAAGCAAGUUUGAAAUUAAAAGAAUUAAAAAGAAACUGGAAUGUUGUAACAUUGGAUGAUAGAAUAACAAUGCAAAAGAUGAAAUUGCCAUAUCUUUUGCCUGAGUAUGAAAUUGUGAUCGAUGACAGUCUUGGAUUCACCCUGACUGUGUUUCAUUGGCUUUUACCAGAAAAUCAUGAACUAUACAAAAAAACAUCAUAGGUCAGUAAAACAAGUCAGCAUUCAGCAGUUGAUUGAAGAGAUAAUGGGUUAUACCUUAUGUAAUGGAAUAACCAAUGGAAUGCAAGAAUGUAAUAUGCAAGAAUGUAAUAAUAUAGAGCACCAUGUCAUUCCCAAAUCACAUGAUCCAUUAUAGGAUGAGGAUAAUGAAGUAAAAGCUAGCAAGUCCUACCACCAUGAUGACUAUCACAGAUCCACCAAUUGUGAACUGCUAAUUUCACCAUCUGCAUCAAUCGAGUCCUGUCAGCCAUGCACAGCUGUUUCUUCUGCUCCAGUAAAGACACAGAAGAAUAUCAGGAAUAGAGUGGUGACAGCAGCUAAACUGAAAGCUCCCAUUUCCAAGACAGCGCCUGAAAGAAUAAAACUAGCCCUUCAGGAACAACGGCUAAAAUGUGCUAAACUGGAGAAAGAAUUGGAAGAAAUGAAGAUAGAAAUAGAAAACGCAAGCAUAGCAGUCGACGAUGAAAUGAGUAAAGAUGUUGUAAGCAUGUUGUCGAAGAUUAGCAACAAGGAAAUGACACCAUUCAUGCAAUUAUUUUGGCAACAACAGAAAAAAAUGCUGCAAGCAAGCACCAAUAAAGGAAUUCGCUACCAUCCAAUGAUAAUUCGCUUUUGUCUGUCUCUGGCCAGAAAAUCUUCAUCUUGCUAUGAAGAGCUUAGAAACAGUGGAGUUCUUGUUCUACCAAGUCAAAGAACACUUAGAGACUAUAGAAAUGCUAUCAAACCAAAGGUUGGAUUUAAUGCUGAAGUAAUCAAAGAUUUAAUUGCUUUAACCACAACCUACUUCAACACUCAAAGGUAUGUUGUGUUACUUUUUGAUGAGACGACUGUUAAAUCCAAUCUUGUCUUCAGCAAGGAAUCUGGUGAACUAAUCGGUUUUACAGACCUUGGUGAUCCUGAAGUCAAUUACAACACCUUGGAAAAGUGUGAUGAUCUUGCUACGCAUGCCUUAGUGUUUCUUCUCAGAGGUGUUUGCACCAAUCUUAAGUUUGCAUUGGCCUAUUUUGCAACAACUGAUAUAAGAUGUGAACAGAUUCUUCCUGUGUUUUGGGAAGCUGUUUACAUCUUAGAAGUUACUUGCAACUUGUGGGUCAUUGCUGCAACUUCAGAUGGUGCUUCACCAAAUCGCGCAUUCUAUCGCAUGCACAAAGGUCUUCAAGGUGAUUCUGGCAAAGAUGUUUGCUACAGAACUAUCAAUCUAUAUGCAAAAUAUAGAUACAUUUAUUUUUUUGUGAUGCUCCACAUCUUGUUAAGACAGCAAGGAACUGCCUAUCUCAUUCCCGCGGUGGAGGUUCUCGAUACAUGUGGAACGAUGGAAUGUCCAUCAUCUGGGAGCAUAUUUGCCAGCUCUACUAUCAGGAUGUUGACAAUGGUCUGA